AUGGAAACCGAGGGAACCGGCAGCACCAGUCCUAGCACCGGCCACCGAGAGGAAAUCGAACGGGGCUUGCGAAACCCUCUUCGGUCACCUAAUGACGGAAAACGUCGUCAAAGCCGCCCGACAUGUGGGAAGCUCCGCAAUGGGAGAAGGAACCGCAAACCAACAACAAAAAAGGUUCGCCCAUGGUGCCGAUCACCUUCGGAGAAAAGCGUAGCCUUGAAAAGUGAAUUUCUUACUCUUGGUAUUCAUUAUGGAGUUUGUCUUGAGGACUUUAUUAGUGUUGCAGAGAGGAGAGGGGCUAAAAAACCCAUGAGAUUCUAUGUCAAAAAAGACAUGGAUUUGUACAGAAGCUGGGAUGAGAGACUGGGUGGUUUUAGACAGAUUAAUAUUUACGUAAGAAUGGAGGACAAAGGUGAACCUGCUCCAGUAAUUGGAAUAUCAACUCAAGAUUCCUCAAAGUUUCAUUUGAACAUCAUAAGCAUUGUGUUUCGGUGGUGGUUUUGUUUUGGUGCAGUUUCAGUUUUAGUGUAA